AGGGAUGGAAGGGCCGAAGGAGUGAAGGAGACGAAGCUGUGGUGCAAGAUUUCAAACCAAAACAAAAAAGUGACAGCAGGCAGAGGCAGGGUAAGAAUGAUGCCUAGCCCACACAACACUCGCUGCUCACCUGCACCACCAGCAGGUGUCCCUUAGCUCACUCUGCUCCUUGUGUAGCACCAUCCUCACAGUUCCUGGACCACUGAAUGCUUCCUGCUCCACUGCCGCGUGUAAGUACACCUCCACCACACUCCACUGUGCUACCAAGUCUCGGCCCUCAACAUCUCAGCACUGGAACUGCCCACCCUCCCACGGCCCCAGCAGGCGUUCACCCCUCACACCAACCAACUGUCCUCAGCCUUAGGAAGACCGGCCGGCUGCCUGUGAUAACAAUUAACCUCACAUAAGCAUGACGGAGGGGACUCAUGUCACACUUGUCAUAUCAAGUUGCCAAUAAUGAAGUUGAAGAUGAGCCGUAGGGAAGAGCUUUAUUGAUAUGAUAUGAGUUCAUUCUUUUGGAGAUCUCAGCUAACGGAAAUAAACAAAAAAAUAUAAAAAUGGGUUUAGAACACAAAUCUAACUCUCUACACAGAGAAGAAUGAACUCAUUUCUUCUUCCUACAAGUUGCAAGAAGGUAGUGAUGAAUGUACCUCCCAGUCAUGAAGUCACAAGCAGCUUCAAUGUGAGCUCUGGACAAGAGGUGUGAUUGUUGCAUCUCAUAGGAUGAAAAUAACUUUUCUUCUGCCAUGCUGCAUUGCCAAGUUCAUCGAGGACAUGAUAAUGAACAGGCGCAAAAGGAAAAGAGUGUUGUUGUGGAGCAGUGUGAUUGCCAUGGUGGUUGUGGUGCUUGCAGUAAUGACUGUGAGGGAGGUGCUCCUGGCCUCUUCCUUCCUUUGCACCACAUCAGAUGUCAUCAACAACCACAUCACUGCUCUGUGUGCUGACGUGGGCAAAGAUACAGAUCAAAAGCUGUGUCGGGAGCUGUGUGUAAAAGACGUAACUUCCCACAUCACCUGCCACACUCUCCACCUCAACAAGGCUGCUGUGUUCACCCUCACCAGCCAAAACAGCAAGAAGGUCGUCAAAUCGGUCAUUGACGCGGCAGAGCGUGAGAUAGCAGUGGAUGGAGUCCAGGAUGAGCAUGAUGAUUUGUAUUGGAACCAGAAGUUUGAGCAGCAACACAUUCCUUCUAAGGAAGACUUCUUUUCUCGAGUCACCACUUAUGUAAAUAAUUUUGUUGGAAGUGAAGUGAGCUGGAAAGUCAUUACCAAGUUAGUUAACUAUAGCCACCUCUACUUCACUGAUACAGAGUCACCAGCAAACCACCAAAGCUUUGGAAAGCUCAUCCAAGACCAUGAAUUCCUCACUUCUGUGGUGUUUGAGGAGUUGUAUCUUUUUCCAAAAAUUACUGGAAUAUGUGGAAGUUACUAUGCUGUGGAGUACUUUGAGCCUUUAACAAGGAACCCAAUGCAACCUUUCACUAUGACCUGGAGAAAUAGACUGUGGAAGGCACUGGACAUCCUCAAAUAUAUUGGACAGUUGGAAACAGUAGGAAGGGAGCCAAUUCACCUCUGUGAUGUGAAGCAUGACCACUUUGGAUGGGAUGAGAGAGACAGGGUGGCUUUCCUUGACCUUGACUCUGUGUUGUAUGAAAGCUCUCUCCUCAAAAUGAUGGAGAAUACCCCACACUGUUCCAACCAUGAGGACUGUUCUUAUUUUGACUGCAAGGGCCGCUGCCAUCACAGGACUAACAGGUGUGAGGUGGAGCGCAGCAACACUAACUUGCAGGUGAUCUGUGACAAAAUAUUUUUGGGAAACACAGACUCUUUGAUUUCUUUGUAUGGCCUGUUGGUGUCUAGUGAAAGAACUGAGGACUUAGAGGAAGCCUUGGAACUUUGCCGCACAAACAGAGGCAUGACAGUGGACAACAUGGUGGACAUAUUGAGUCGGGCCUCCAAUGCUCUCCUAUUUUAGUGAAAUCACUGGGAGUUAGUCCCUCUUUAAUUCCUGCUGCUGUGUAGAUGCUUUGAGUCUGUGUUAGUUGUCAGUAUCAGUUGAUAUGAAUCUGCAUUGUCAUUAAAGGUAAAAAUCACUUAUAAUAACCAAAGGAUUACUUGUUGUAACCAAAGAAGUAAGUAAGUGAUAGUUAGGAACAUAGAUAUAAAGGUUAUUAUCUAAUCAGCCUUCCAUUACCAAAAACUUAGUCAUGAAAUUCUAAAUAACUUGAUUAUUCUUGUCAUUUACAUGUAUUAAGUGUGACGGUCAACAUAGAAAAUAUAGUCUUAAGCUAAGAUUUUUGUCUUACCAAAGCAGAAUUGUCUAAUUGCAAGUAACUUUAACCACAAACAGGUCUUGUGGGGUCCACGCACAAUCAGUCAUGAUACAAACUGAAAAUCGUGAUUUAUUUCCUGCUAGGCUCAGUUGUUGCCUCCUUGUUAGUUUGCUUCAUACAAAAAAUUCAUUGCAUUAAUAGGUCACUGGGUGACACCAGGUACAUCAACACAGCCUGUUUAUGAAAUGGGUUAUCUUGUUAAGCACUCUGGUAAAAGCUUUAAAUUACAGUGCUUCUGUACAUAAUUUUUUUGUUGUAGUUCCAACUGGACCUAUGAUACAGAACCAUUUGUAAAAAUAACAGUACCUAUGUAGGGUUAUGCUGCAGCUAACAUAUUUAUUAAUUUUAUGUAUUUGUAUGAAUUUAUACUUGUACUUGUUUACAAAUGACUUAUUGGGAAUACACAUUUAUUAAACCACCUGAUGUGAAGUUGUUCAACCAAUGGCAGCUGACUGACAUACAUGCACUUGUGAACUAUUUAAGUAACUAAUUUAUUUUAUGCAGGCUGCUCUUUGCACAAAUUUCCAUGGGAACAAAUGUUGCUUUAGUAUUUAUAAGUAACGCUGCAUUCCAGCUCCAAAUGAAAAAAAAAAAAAAAUGCAGUUAUUAUCGCUAUUUUUCAGCAAAAUUUAGUUCUUGUUUCAGUGUAAAUGAUUACACAUGGAUUUUUUACAGUAUUAACUUUUAAUCUGUAAAUUUUGAAGUAAGAGGCUAUAAUUGUUAGAGAACAACUAUCAUUGUCAUCAGUUUGUAGCUCUGUAAGAAAAUAAAUUUUAUAAAAGAUGAAUGUUAA